AUGAAGCAGCCUGAAAGCAAGAAAGAAAUCCAACAGCUCACACGUCGCCUUGCGGCCUUGACCAGAUUUUUGCCUAAAUCGGCAGAGAAGGCUUUGCCUUUCUUCAAGCUCCUUAAAAAAGAGGCAGAGUUCGGAUGGGGGGAAGAAUGCAAAAAGGCGUUCGAAAAUAUUAAGAAUUGCCUAGCCACCCCUCCCGUACUGUCAAAGCCAGAGCCUGGAGAAACGUUGAUCUUGUACCUAUCAGUGGGGGUAGAGGCCAUCAGUGCCGCUUUGGUACGAGAGACCGACAAGUCACAACAGCUGAUCUACUUUGUAGGUCGGACAUUGCAAGGACCGGAACUUCGUUACCAGAAGCUCGAAAAGGUUGCAUUCGCCCUGCUUACCACGGCAAGGAGGCUCCGACCUUAUUUCCAGGGUCACCGAGUCAUAGUGCGAACAAACCAGCCCAUCAGGCAAGCAAUUAAGUCGCAAGCGUUGGCCGAUUUCAUCCUGGAGCUAACCCCAUCUAAAGAAAAGGGAGAAGAGAAUGAAGAUCUUUGGACAAUAUAUGUCGACGGAUCCUCGAACUCUAAGGGGAGCGGGGCCGGGGUGAUCGUUGAAAGCCCUGAAGGAGAGUCCGUUGAACACUCACUUCACCUAGAAUUUCUGACCUCAAACAACCAAGCUGAAUACGAGGCGUUCAUUGCCGGGAUCGUGAAAGCAAAAGAGCACGGAGCAAGGAGGAUAAAAAUCAUGAGUGACUCACAACUGGUUACUUCACAAGUUGCGGGAAAAUAUCAAGCCAAGGGUCCCCUCAUGAUGAAGUACCUCCAACAGGUUAAGCGGCUAUUAGCCGAGUUUGACGAGGUGGUAGUCCAGUACAUACCUCAGAACGAGAAUAAUAGGGCCGACAUCCUAUCUAAACUCGCCAGCUCGAAAGGCUCAGGAAACCAUUGCACUGUAAUACAACAGAGCAUCUGGGAGCCAACCUGCGUCAUGAUGAUAACCGAGACUGAGGAUUGGAGAAGGCCAAUAGUGGCCUACCUGGAAAAAGGAGUCCUGCCAGACGAAACACAAGAGGCCAGAAAACUCGUGAGGAACUCAGCCUGCUUCACCAUAGUAGAAGGGCAACUCUACAAAAAAGGUUUCUACACACCCAUUCUGAAAUGCCUAAAUAAGAAUGAAGUCGAAUAUGUGUUGGCUGAGAUCCAUGAGGGCAUAAACGGACACCACAUGGGAGGAAAAGCUCUCGCCAAGAAGACACUAAGGGCAGGAUACUACUGGCCCACCAUGGAAGCAGAUGCGAAGGAGCACGUCAAAAGAUGCGAACAGUGUCAGAAACACACGCUAAUCCUUCGUGCACCCCCCGAAGAGCUGCAAACAAUCACGACACCAUGGCCAUUCUUCAAAUGGGGGAUGAGCCUGUUGGGACCUUUUACCGCGGCUGAAGGACAACUCAAGUGGUUGAUAGUGGCUGUUGACUACUUCACCAAGUGGAUCGAGGCUGAACCCCUCACCACCAUUACCUCGGCAAGGAUACAGAGAUUCUUUGAAAGAAACCUGAUUAGCCGAUUUGGACUUCCUGCCGAGAUCAUCACAGAUAACGGGACCUAG